AUGGCCCGCCUCCCGGAGGAUGGACGCUGGUACGCCGCGCGGAUCCUCACGGUGGCGGGCUCGGUGGCGCAGCCUGUGUACUCGGUCCUGCUGCCCAAGCAGCAGACGACGCACAUGCUCACGGCGUCGGACCUGCGGCCGCGGCAGGCGCAUGCGAAUGCGGCUGCGCCGGCCCCUGCGUACGUCGCGCCGAAGAAGGCGCCGAUGACGACGGAGGAGCGCGAGCGCAAGCGCCUGAAGAAGGCCAAGAAGCAGGAGCGCGAGGCGGCCAAGAACCGCGAGCACGACGAGAAGCAGUCGGCAUGGCAAAAGUUCCAGGCGAAGGCCGCGAAGAAGCGCUACGACGUCGCGGGCGACAGGAGCCAGUUCAAGACGCCCGACGACCCGUACGCCAAGAUCGGUGCGGGCCGCGGCAUGACGCAGCAGGCGCCGCGCAGGAAGCACACGUACGCGCCCGCUGCGCCUGCGGACCCAUAG